CAGCCUUUGACGGUGGCCGACGGAGGACUAUAGGCUUGCAGAGGAAAGGUUUUUGCAAUGUGUGGGACGCAGCUGCGUGUGUGCUAGGGAGUCGGAGAGUGGCCUACCUUAGGGGACAUGGCAGCAGCCUCUGCAUUGUCAGUGCUCCUGGUAGCAACGGAGAGGAACCAAUGGCAGCGUGUCCCUAGCCUGUUGCUUUCGCCGAGGAGGUGGACUUGGAAGCAAAGAACCAUGAAGUAUGUAACAACCACAGGAAGAAACAUUACCAAGGUUCUCGUUGCAAACAGAGGAGAAAUAGCCUGCAGGGUGAUGCGAACAGCCAAAAAAAUGGGUGUACAGUCAGUUGCUGUUUACAGUGAUGCUGAUAGGAACUCAAUGCAUGUACAUAUGGCAGACGAAGCAUAUUCCAUUGGCCCUGCUCCCUCACAGCAGAGCUACCUUUCUAUGGAGAAAAUCAUUCAAGUGGCCAAGAUCUCUGCUGCACAGGCUAUCCAUCCAGGAUAUGGUUUUCUUUCAGAAAACACAGAAUUUGCUGAACUGUGUAAGCAAGAGGGAAUUAUUUUUAUAGGUCCUCCUCCAUCUGCAAUUAGAGACAUGGGUAUAAAGAGCACAUCCAAAUCCAUAAUGGCUGCUGCUGGAGUACCUGUGAUAGAAGGUUAUCACGGUGAGGACCAGUCCAACCAGUGUCUGAAGGAGCAUGCUGGGAGUAUCGGUUAUCCUGUCAUGAUUAAAGCCAUCCGUGGUGGAGGAGGAAAAGGCAUGAGGAUCAUUAGAUCAGAAAAUGAAUUUCAAGAACAGUUAGAAUCAGCACGGAGAGAAGCUAAGAAAUCUUUUAAUGAUGAUGCUAUGCUGAUUGAGAAGUUUGUGGAAACGCCAAGGCAUGUUGAAGUCCAGGUGUUUGGUGACCACCAUGGCAAUGCUGUGUAUUUAUUUGAAAGAGACUGCAGUGUACAGAGGAGACAUCAGAAGAUCAUUGAGGAGGCCCCAGGGCCUGGAAUUGAACCUGAAGUAAGAAGAAGGCUUGGAGAAGCUGCAGUCAGAGCUGCUAAAGCUGUAAAUUAUGUGGGAGCAGGAACUGUGGAGUUCAUCAUGGACUCGAAGCACAAUUUCUACUUCAUGGAGAUGAAUACGAGGCUGCAAGUAGAACAUCCUGUCACUGAGAUGAUCACAGGAACUGACUUGGUGGAGUGGCAGCUUAGGAUUGCAGCAGGAGAGAAGAUUCCUUUAAGCCAAGAAGAGAUAACUCUCCAGGGCCAUGCCUUUGAAGCUAGGAUAUAUGCAGAAGAUCCUAACAAUAACUUCAUGCCAGGGGCUGGGCCGUUAUUACAUCUCUCUACCCCUCAAGCAGACCGUUCCACUAGGAUUGAAACUGGAGUACGUCAAGGAGAUGAAGUCUCAGUGCAUUAUGACCCCAUGAUUGCGAAGCUGGUCGUGUGGGCUGCUAGUCGCCAGGCGGCCUUGACGAAACUGAGAUACAGCCUCCGUCAGUACAAUAUCGUCGGACUCCACACCAAUAUUGACUUCUUACUCAGCCUCUCUGGCCACCCAGAGUUUGCAGCUGGGAAUGUGCACACUGACUUCAUUCCUCAGCAUCACAGAGAACUGUUUCCCACUCGGAAGGCCACAGCCAAGGAAUUUUUGUGCCAGGCAGCCCUGGGCCUCAUCCUUAAAGAGAAAGCUAUGACUGAUGCUUUCAAACUUCAGGCACAAGAUCAGUUCUCUCCAUUUGCAUCUAGCAGUGGAAGAAGACUGAAUAUCUCUUACACUAGAAACAUGACUCUUAGGGAUGGUAAAAACAAUGUAGCCAUAGCUGUAACGUAUAACCACGAUGGAUCAUAUAGCAUGCAGAUUGAUGAUAAAACUUUCCAAGUCCUUGGCGAUCUUUAUAGUGAGGAGGACUGCACUUAUCUGAAAUGUUCUGUUGAUGGAGUUUCCAGUAAAGCUAAGCUAAUUAUCCUGGAAAACACGAUUUACCUAUUUUCUAUGGAAGGAAGUGUUCAGAUUGACAUUCCAGUACCCAAAUACCUAUCUUCAGUGAGCUCUGAAGGAACUCAAGGAGGUGCUGUAGCUCCUAUGGCUGGAACCAUUGAAAAGGUAUUUGUGAAAGCUGGAGACAAAGUAAAAGCUGGAGAUUCUCUGAUGGUUAUGAUCGCCAUGAAAAUGGAGCAUACCAUAAAGGCUCCAAAGGAUGGCACAAUAAAGAAAAUUUUCUACAAAGAAGGCUCUCAGGCCAACAGACAUGCUCCUUUAGUUGAGUUUGAGGAGGAAGAAUCUGACAAAAGGGAAUCAGAAUGAACUCCAGUAAAGAAAUGGCCAGUGAAGCUGUAUCUUAUGUCUAUACCAAAAGAGAAAGUGCCUUCCCACACCUCUGGGGUCUAAUAGACAUUGGCUUUACUAAGUGAGUGUUUGAUUAUGUUACAUGAUUGUGCUAAAAUCGUUUUAUUUGAGAAUCAUGCACUUAGUCCACAAAUAUUAUGAAUUAUAUCAAAAUAUUUCAUAUUAAUAAAAUGGAAUUAUACUUUUUUAUUGAAAG